UUAACAUUGCAAUAUUUCCAUUUAUCUAAUGGAUCGAAAUGUAUCACAUAAUGUAGGAUUCAUUUCACUAUUGUUAAUAAUAAUGUGAACAUGUUUGUUUUCUACUAUUUAUAACUCAUUAGUAGUACUUUUAAAAGAAACACUGUUGGAUUAAUUAAAUGAAUUUUUGGUUAUAUGAAGAUCAAUCACUAAAUUUACUAGUACUAAUUAUCAUCAAUAUAUCUCUAAUGGAAAUAAUGCAAAUUACUUGAAAUAUUCAACUGAUGACUUCAUCUUCUAUCAUUUGUGAAUCAUUCAAUUCAGAUAUUCAAUAUUCUGAAUUGACUCCAAUUGAUUUAAAUACUACGAAUACAAUUACAACAUCAUCUAAUAUCAUAGAUCCUAUUACUACUACUACUACUCUAAUUCCUCCUCCUCCUCCUCCUGCUACUACUACUACUACUACUACUACUACUACUACUACUACUACUACUACUACUACUACUACUGUUACAAAUGAUAUAGAAAGUAGUAUAAUUCAUGAAAAUAACAAUUUCCCUGUACGUUGUAAAUCAUUAGAAAUAAAAUCAACAGAAAAAUCUUUAAUAAAUUCUACUUCAAAGAAACGUCAUCGUAGUACUGUUGAAAAUCAAUGGAAUCAUUCAAAUUCAAUGAAUACUUUAACAAAUUUAAAAUAUCAUCAUACAAAAAAUAAUUUAUGUUUAUCAUUGAAUGGAGAACAAAAACAUCAAGAAGAAUGUAUUAUAGAUGUAAAGAAACGAAAAACUGUGGAUGAUAAUAUGCUUCAAGUUGGUUCAAUGAUUCCUGAACCAUCAGCAGUUUAUAAUUAUACUACUAAUAAAACAUAUGAAUAUGAUGAAUUAAUUCAUGAUUAUCCAAAAUUUAAAUCUUUUAAUCAACAAGUAAAUAUGAAUAGAACAUAUUCACAUUGGAUGAACUCAUAUGAACAGUUUGAAAAUAAUAAAGAAGAACUGACAAAUGAACUACCUACAAAUCGUAUACAAUUUAAACAAUCGAUUAAAAAAGGCUCCACUCGUGAGAAUAUACCAAACAAAUUGACGAAUAAUGGUAAUUGGAACACUUUCAAUGAUACAAUGAAUGUUAAUCAUCAUAAAGAUGAAAUAGAUAAUGAAUUAUCAUCUGCAUCGGAGCUUACAACUGCUGCGUAUAAUAAUUUUGUACGUCGUGUCGUUGAUGAUACAUUGGAUCGUACAGUGACAUUUUGUGAACAACCACGACAUGCUAUAACAGCUUUAGAAAAUAUUUGUACAAGAGCAUGGCCUCAAUUAGAAGUGAAACGUCAUCGUAAUCGAAUACGUGCCUAUCUUAAGGCAUGUAGACGUAAUUCCAAAAAGAAUAAAGGUCAAAUCAAUAUGAAAGAACCACCUGCAAAUGGUUUGUCAAUUGAAGCUCGACAGCUUGUAUCAAAAGCGUUAACUUUAGUAGCUGGAGAUUUAGACUACUUAAGACAAACAAUGCAAGCAGAGAAAGUUAAAAAUGAAUCAUUAUUUUCUUCAUCAAAAUUAGACAAUUCAAGUGAGAAAUCAUACUCUGCCGCUUCCACCACUAGGAAACGAUCUCCUACAAGUUAUUCAUCAAAAAUGAAUUUAUCCACCAUAACAACAACAACAACAACAACAGCGAACAGUUUAGAUUUCACAGAUAUUUCUAAACCGAGACAUGAUCAAUUUGAAACUUAUGGCGCUGAUGGGAAUUAUUUAGCCACUGCGGCAGCGGCAGCAGCGGCUGCGACAGCGAUGGCUGCUGUUAAUCCAGCUAAUCUGUUGAAAUUAUUACCAGCUCCAAUACAAUUAAACAAUAACACAUAUUCAUCUAAUAAUACUAAUAUAAAUACGACUGCUACUAGUACUUCCUAUUCUUUAACUACUUCACCUUUCACAUCAUCUUCAUCAUCAUCAGUAUUUUCAAAUUCACCUAGAUUAAUAAAUAAUGACAAUGUGAAUAAUAAUGAAAAUAUCAAUGUUACUACAAAUACUACUAAUUGUAAUAAUAGUAGUAUUGAUUUUGAUGCGAAACAUGAUCAACUAUCAACUAUACAGGGAAAAUAUUCUAAACGAAAUAAAUUGUUAUCACAUACAACAUGGUUCGAUGAUGAUCAUUUGUUCCAGGUCAGUAAUAAUAAUAAUAAUGGUAACAAUGGACACUCCUCAAGUCCUAAGUUGAAUGAGCAUAAAUUUAUAUCAUCCGAUAAAGAUUUCAAUAUAGAAUCAGAGAUAAACAGACAAUCUAAUUUAAUUAACUUUUAUCGUUUAUAUUUGUCAAACGAUUCAAGCCAUAAUAAUAAUAAUAAUAAUAAUAAUAAUAAUAAUAAUAAUAAUAAUAAUAAUAAUAAUAAUAAUAAUAGUGAUUUGAAAUAUUGUUCACCACCGCCUGCACAUAUUAGUUCAAUUCAAUACAGUCCGAUAAUUAAUCAAAUAUUGGACAGAUUAACGGAUUCAUCAUUAUUAACUCAUAAUGAUGUGGAAUUUUUUAUACAAAAUUAUGAAAUUACCAAAGUUGCCAUUCAACAAGCACGUUGUAGAUCGAAUUUAAUUUUGAAGAAAAUUGAAAUUGUAGAAAAUCAAAUUAGAUCUUCUUCAAUAAUCAAUUCAAAAACAAUGCCAUUAAAUCUAUCUUGA